GCGGAACCUUUGAUGAACAGAAUUAGCUUAUUAUUUUUGAAAAGUGACAAUUAACUUGUGUAAUUAGUUAAGAUGCGAGAGAAAACUUAUUUGAUCGCUAAGAUUAUAAAAAAAAAAAUUCUAGUUAGUGUGUGUUGAGAUGCUUUGUAGUACUAGCUGUAGAGUAUUUACUUUCUAUUUAAUGCCCGUGCAACGCGUAAAUUCUUCUUUAUUGAUGCAACUACAACACAAAUACCAUUAUAAAUACAACCUCAAAAUCCCUACUACAUACAUUCUCUCCUGCACAAACUACUUCGUCCUAAGAAGAAAAAGAAAAAAAAAUCUCCACCAAAUAUUCUUUUUCAUAUUUACAAAAACGAAAAUGGAAGAUGCAAUGAGAAGACUUAAUCAAGAAACUGAUGUUCCACUCCAAAACACUACAAACUCUUCCACUGUUAAUAAAACUAGAUCUUCUUGUUCAUCAAACAAAAGAUCACUCAAAGAUACUGCUACUGGUCCCUCCGCGGUGCGAUACCGCGGAGUUCGUCGUCGUCCUUGGGGACGUUAUGCAGCUGAAAUUCGUGACCCUCAAUCAAAAGAAAGAAGGUGGCUCGGUACUUUUGAUACCGCUGAAGAAGCUGCUUGUGCUUAUGAUUGCGCUGCUAGAGCAAUGCGCGGUGUUAAAGCACGUACUAAUUUCGUCUACCCACCUUGUCCUACUCCUACCCAACCCACUUCUACCAAUGACGCUUUGUUUAAUAUUCAUUCGUCUUAUAAAUUAACAUCGCCUUACUAUCAUCAGAGUUCUAAUACUCUUAAGGAUUUGUCUAAUAGACCCUUUUUUCAUUCCUCCAGUCCUUAUGGUUCUACGGGGCGUGCUCAUGUGAUUGGUCAGAAAAGCAAUGAUUCUUUGAAUAUGCUCCUGUUUCGUGAACUCCUGAGUUCAAAUUCCAGCAACAAUACUAAUAAUUUGAACGUGACUAGUAGUAUGAACAUGCCUAAUUUGUACGAACAGCUGCCGAAUUUCACGAUGAAUCGUAAUACCAACAGCUUCGGUUCGUAUUUGCCUAAUAGCAGCAACCCCGUGAUUCCCAGUUCUUCUGUCAUGACUACUCAGGUCCCCAAAUUCGAUAACACUGUCCACUGUACUAUCAACAACAAUAACAGUAGUAGUGGUGCUACCGCAAAUGAUGAUUCUGCUGCAGGGAUGGAUUUUUUCCCAUCUGAGUCAUCUGAUUCUGGAUUAUUAGAAGAGGCUUUAAAUGGUUUUUUCCCAAAGCCCAAGCCCAUUAAAUCUGUACCAUCAUCAUUACCUAAUUACGAAUUUUGCAAUAUUUUCUCUCAACAACCGCAACAACAGGAGCAGAUUAAUAAUGGUGGUUUAAACAGUGAUUUUGGAUUAUUAUCAUCGUCAUUGUCAUCAUUUCCAGUGGAUUAUUUUCCAGGAAAUCUUCAGGUAGCACCAGGAGACAACAUAAUGGGAGACAUAUUUCAGUAUCCAGAUCUUCUCAGUAUUUUUGCAGCCAAGCUGCAAAAUGCUUAAAGCUUUGUACUACAUCUUGCAGGCUGACCUAAUGUACUAAUUUUAUAUUAUAUGCUUCUUAAUUAAUUACUAGUAUUUAAAAGUUCUGGGCAACUCUUAAGUUGUGCGCCUUGAUUUGAAAUGUAAGAGUUCAUUCAGUAAUAUAGCAGUGUUACUUUCUAAAUAUA